CGCAUCCGUGCCCUAUGAUGGCCGCCCCGCCCCCCGCUCCGCGGUGACGUGCUGGUGUCGCCCCCAGGUGCGGUGCGGUGCGGUGCGGGGGUCGGUGAUCAGCGGGGAGCGAUGGAAACAAGGCCGGGGCCCCCCUGCGCCCCCCGCCAGCAGCCAGGUGCUGGGGCCCUGCAGAGAGCUGAGCAGCAGCCUGCUGAGGAGGGGCCGGUGAUCCUGGAGCUGCAGAGGACGUGCGCAGGGAGCCUGGAGGAGAGGAGCUCCCUGACCCCUGAGCCAGGCCAAGUGCAGAAGGGGCAGGGCAGGCCUCCAAAGCAGGAGGAGAGCUCGGAGCUCCGGGAGGUGUUUGAGGACGUGGCAGUGUAUUUCACACGGAAGGAGUGGGAGCUGCUGGACGAUGAAGACAAGGUGCUUUACCAGGACCAGAUGCUGAAGAAUUACCAAGCCCUCGUUUCCCUGGGAUAUCAAGGUCCCACACCUGACUUAAUCAGCAGUAUCCAGCGAGGACAGUUGGAGUUCUGGGUCUGUGAUGAUGAGGACAUUGAGGAAAUCUCAAGAUCAGAGGACCAGGUGCCGGGAGGCGCAAGGCUGCUGAGCAGAGCAGAGGAGCAGCCUCCUGUGGAAGGGUCUGCAGACCUGGAGCCAGCACGGACAUCCCCAGGGAGUUUGAGUGAGAUGGACUCCCUGGGACCUGAGAAGGAACCAUGGCACGAGAGUCAGGGGAGGUCCCAAACGCAGAAGAACGUAGCCAUGAGCCAGGACUGGUACAUCCCCCUAGGGAGGAAGAUACACCACUGCACUGAGUGCAGGAAGAACUUCAUCUACUUGCAAGACCUGUCCCAGCAUGAGUGUGCGCAGCAGCACUGCACUCAGUGUGGGAAGAAAUUCAGGCAGCUCUCUGACCUGGCAAGGCACUGGUGCACGCACACAAGGGAGAAGCCACAUCAGUGCUCAGAGUGUGGGAAGAGCUUCACUUACUUCUCCAGCCUGGCUAGGCACCAGCGUAUCCACACGGGAGAGAAGCCACAUCAGUGCUCAGAGUGUGGAAAGAGCUUUGCUGAGUCCUCCAGCCUGGCUCAGCACCAGAGUAUCCAUACAGGGGAGAAGCCACAUCAGUGCUCAGAGUGUGGGAAGAGCUUCACUUACCCCUCCCAGCUAGCUCUGCACCAGCGUAUCCACACGGGGGAGAAGCCACAUCAGUGCUCAGUGUGUGGGAAGAGCUUUACUCAGUCUGCCCACCUGGCUGAUCACCAGCGUAUCCACACAGGGGAGAAGCCAUAUCGGUGCUCAGAGUGUGGGAAGAGGUUCAGUCACUCCUCCAACCUCGCUCAGCACCAGCGUAUCCACGCAGGGGAGAAGACGCAUCAGUGCUCAGAGUGUGGGAAGAGCUUCACUCAGACAUCCAGGGUGGCUCAGCACGAGCAUAUCCACACUGGGGAGAAGCUAUAUCGAUGCUCAGAGUGUGAGAAGAGCUUUGCUAGCUCUGAUGGGCUGACUCAGCAGCAGUGUAUCCACACGAGGGAGAAGCCACAUCAGUGCUCAGAGUGUGGGGAGAGCUUCACUUACCUCUCCCAGCUGGCUCGGCACCAGCGUACCCACAACGGGGAGAAGCCACAUCAGUGCUUAGAGUGUGGGAAGAGCUUCAGUUCCUCCUCUGAGCUGGCUCGGCACCAGCGUAUCCACACGGGGGAGAAGCCCCAUCAGUGCUCGGAGUGUGGGAAGAGCUUCACUCAGUUCUCAGGCCUGGCUCAGCACCAGCGUAUCCACACAGGGGAGAAGCCCCAUCAGUGCUCGGAGUGUGGGAAGAGCUUCACUCAGUCCUCCCACCUGACUCUGCACCAAAGUAUUCACACUGGGGAGAAGCCUCAUCAGUGCUCAGAGUGUGGUAAGAGCUUCACUUACUCCUGCCAGCUAGCUCGGCAUCAGCGUAUUCACACGGGGGAGAAGCCACAUCAGUGCUUCGAGUGUGGCAAGAGCUUCACUCAGUCCUCCAACCUGGCUCAGCACCAGCGUAUCCACACAGGGGAGAAACCACAUCAGUGCUCAGCUUGCGGGAAGAGCUUCACUCACUCCUCCAGGCUGGCUCAGCACCGGCGUAUCCACACGGAGCAGAAGCCACAUGAGUGCUCGGAUUGUGGGAAGAACUUCACUCAGUCCUCCAGGCUGGCUCAGCACCAGCGUAUUCACACAGGGGAGAAGCCGCAUCAGUGCUCAGAAUGUGGGAAGAGCUUCAGUUACUCCUCCGAGCUGGUUCGGCACCAGCGUAUCCACACAGGGGAGAAGCCGCAUCAGUGCUCAGAGUGUGGGAAGAGCUUCAGUCAGUCCUCUAGCUUGGCUCGGCACCAGCGUAUCCACACAGGGGAGAAGCCGCAUCAGUGCUCAGAGUGUGGGAAGAGGUUCACUCAGUCCUCCAGCUUGGUCCACCACCAGCGUAUCCACACAGGGGAGAAGCCACAUUAGUGCUUGGAGUGUGGGAAGAACUUCACUGAGUCCUGUUGACCAAACAUCGUCAUCCACACAGGCGAGAAACCAUAUUUGUGCUCAGUGUGUGGGAGAAGUUUCAACCUAUUCUCUACCUUGGCCCAGCUCCAGAUUACCAGCACGGUUUAGCAGUCGUAUCAGUGCUCAGAGUGUGGGAAGAGCUUCACUCACUCCUCCAGCUGGGCUCUGCACCAAAUUAUUCACAUGAAGGCGAAGCCAUAAUAGUGCUCAGUGUUGGAAGAGCUUCAUCUAAUUCUCCAGCUGUCCUGGCACCAGCGUAUCCACACAGAGCAGAAACCACAUCUGUGCUCAGAGAGCAGGAAGUGCUUCCUACAGUCCUCCAAACUGGCCCAGCACCAGUGUAUCCCUAUCCAGGAGUCCAUAAUUCUUCCAACAAUACAGAAAGGGUUUGGGGAUGUAUACCUGCUCAGCACCCACCAGUGUCUGCAUCCAGGGAUGCAGUCUCAUGCCGGGGGACUGAAGCAACAGUUCACCCUUUGUUCAGCGUUUCUAGGGCACUGCAAAACCCAAAGGACAUGGAGGCCAGCCUCCCAGGUUUGAUGUGGGAGAACGGUCAGUCUUACCUCUAUUCCUGGGAAAAUGCUAGAGAAAAUUAUCAAAGAACACAUUUGUGCAGGCCCAGCAGGGGAAAUGAUGCUGAGGGGAAACCAGCACGGGUUUGUCACAGGUAGAUCCUGCCUGACAAACCUUGUAGCCUCCUAUGACCAGGUCACACACUGCCUGCACAUGGGAGCCGAGGCUGAUGUCAUCUUCCUGGACUUUAGGGAGACCCUUGACACAGUUUCGCACCCUAUCCUCAUUGGGAAGCUAGCAGACUCUGGAGUGGAUGCCUACACGGCCAGGCUCGGCUCAGUCCACCACUGUGAACUAUGGCAGGUGAAAAUAACGUAGGUGACGCAACGCCAGUAGCAGCAGGAGCGCCAGCAGCAUCUAAGGGGCAGGUGGUGACUGCAGCUGCGAUGGUGACAGUGAGCAGGGAGCUCCCAGAGGCAGACGUAGCAGUGUCAGUGGCAGCAGGUGUGAUGGGGAGUAGCAAGCACUCCUUCCCCUCCCUCCCCUUUACUUCCUCUUUAACUGCAGGGAAGCAAGCCAACGCAUUGAAGGUAAGUAAGCCCAUAGCCCAGCUUCCCGGUCAAAACUUGAAACUUUUCAAAUUUUUCAAAACAUUUUGACCUGCCCCGUUUUUUGAAAGGUGGGGAAAAGAAAGGCACUGCUGGGAUUUGAACCCAGGCAUUGCUGGGAUGUGUACUAAGUCACAGUUCCUAGGGGGUGUGUUUCCUCUCCAACACACACCUGUGAAGGUCAAGUCUUUGCUUUGGGCUUUAGGGAAGAAGUGUUUAUCAAAGGCUAAAGAAGCUGGUGGUGGGUGCAGGCAGGUGGGAGUUGAGACAAGUUCUUCACAGACCUGACUAGAACCCAGAGCCUGGGGUUCACAUUUCUGUCUCCCAUCCCGCAGGGAGCCAACCUGAUGUUCAAUCCAACCUGGUAGACCCACUCCCAGCAGGUCCUAGCUCAUGAACAAUGCAUGCACCUGGAGGCUGUGGGGGCAUGGCGACUGCCUGCAGGUGGUGACUGCAGCGGCGAUGGUGGCAGUGAGCAGGGAGCUCCCAGAGGCAGACGCAGCAGUGUCGGUGGCAGCAGGUGUGAGGGGGAGUAGCAAGCACCUACCACCCACAGAUGCCAUCGGCAGCUUCAGCAGUGCUUCUCUCAAGAGGUUGCACUGCCAAUCACAGUGUGCACCCCCUACACUCACCAGUGUUGACCUCUUUCCGCUGUAGUCGGGAGUUCUCUCCUCACAGGCUCCUGCACAAGAUACAUAUUCUUGAAUCCAUGCUCCAAAGCCUGGGCAGUGUUUGCAGGAGUCCGUGCAGGCUCCUGCUGUUGCCAUCGUGUCUGGCAUCAAUUCAGGGGGGACGCUCCUGUGACUUGAUGGAGGACCAAGUGCUGGUUCCAAGUUCACAGGAGUGUGUCAUCACAAAAGAUACCAGGAGUGUCAGUGUAUGUUCCUUUUCCUCCCUAGCUUCAGUACCUUGCACUUUUUAGUGCUGAAACCCAACCUAUUCUCAUCUACCCACCCCUGUAACCUGUCCAGAUCUAGUUGUAGCCCGUCCCUCCUUCUAGCGUGCCCACUUCUCCCCACAUCUUAGUGUUAGUCACGAAUUUGAACAAGGUACUUUUCACCCCCUCAUCCAAGUUGCUGAUGAAGAUGUUGAACAGUGCAGGCCCAAGGACUGAGCCCUAGGGAACCCCACUGCCCAUGUCCCUCCAGGUCAAAAAAUCCCCAUCCACCACCACUCUCUGGGUGUGGCCCUCCAGCCAAUUUGGGACCCACCUGAUUGUGUUGGCAUCAAUUCCACAGUAGCCUAGUUUUUUAAUGAGGAUGGGGUGAGAGACAGUGUCAGAGGCCUUCCUAAAGUCCAGAAAGAGUAUGUCCACUGUGACACCUGAGUCCAAGGAUUUUGUGACCUGGUCGUAGAAGGCCGCCAGGUUUGUCUGACAGGACCUGCCUUGAAUGAAACCAUGUUGAUUGCCCUUACGCAUAAUCUCCCCUGCUGGUCCCUUGCAGAUGUGCUCCUGGAUAAUUUUCAUGAAGAGAUUCCCUAGGAUGAAGGUAAGGCUAACGGGCCUAUAGUUUCCUGGGUCCCCCCCUUUUGAAAAUAGGGACCACAAUGGCCCUUUUCCAGUUAUCUGCCACUUUGCUGGAGUACCACAAAUGCUCAUACAGCUGUGCCAGGGUCCCAUAAUGACCUCUGCCAAUUCCCUCAGCACCCUGGGGUGGAGAUCAUCUGGACCUAAUGAUUUGAACACAUCCAGUUCCACCAGAAGUUCCCUAACUAGGUCCUCUCUGACCUUGGGCCUGGCUGUACCUCUCCUAUGUCCAUCUGGGAUCCCGGUGGGGGUGGAUAUCCCGGUACCUGCUCAGAAAAUUGGAGGCAAAGAAUUUGUUAGAGGUUAGCUUUAUAAUCUGGUGUGACCAACAGAUUUCCAAGUGUGUCCUGCAGGGGCCCCAUGUUACCCGGUGCCUUCUUUUUACUCUCUCCCUGUUAUAGCAGCAGGGCCAUAGAACAAGCUGCCGAGGGAACUGGUGGGAUCUGUUUCACUGAUGGUGUCUCCAGAGGUGGGGUAGAGCCAGGAGAAGGGCAGGUUGCAUCCAGUGCACCCUGUGUUUGUGCAGGAUGUAGGAGUAGAAGACAAUGGUCCUUUCCAACCCCAUGACUCUGAGGAGGUGCUGGCUCCAUAGAGUUUAUUCAUUACUGCCAGUUGCCUGGCCUGGACAUGGGCAGGGAGAAGUCCCCUGCUGCUGCUAUGUGGCUGCAGCCACAUGGUCCACAUUGGAUGGGAACCAAGUUGUUCAGGCCCAUGGCUUGUAAAAUGUUGCCAGUCCCUGCUCUAAGGUGUGUGGAGGAAGGGGUCCAUGGCCUAUGAGGAGACAGUUGCAUGUAGAGGAAAAAACCUUUUCCUGCUUCCUUGAGUUUUUUCAGCCCUAGUGGCCAAUAGAGAUGACAUUAUAGUUCUGAGCCAGAGAUUGUGGGUUCAAGUCCCACAUGGAAUGCUGCAUUUAGCUAGGUGUCAUCAAAUGUGUCUCUUUCUCAAGGGCACUGUUCAUCAGGACAUUUGAUGCUCUGCUAAACAGAGAGCCCUUCACCUCCAGACACCCACAGGCAGAAAAUAGCUUGAAGUACCAUGAGCUUCCUUCCAAAUAUUCUGUGAUAAGGAAGAGCACAGCUGUCUAUGGGGAGACACUGGGGAAUGAUGGAUAUAUAGCAUUGUCUUGAAAUGCUUGCCAAAUCAUUUCACGUUGGAUAUAUGGAAAAACCUUUUCACUGUUAGAGCAGUGAGGCAGUGGAAUAGCUGCUUAGGAAAGGUAUCUUUGGAUAUUUCCAAGAAGGCUUUGGGAAGGCAUUGCUCAGGGAGGAUCUAGGAGUCACUGUGACUGGAGUGCACUGGAAAGUGCAGCAGUAGGCACCAAGAAGCCACCCCGACACGUGCCAAUGCCCCUGCAGGUAAUAAAAUUGGAAGAUUUCUGGUUUGGGGGGGUUUGCCCCUGCACUCAGGUCAGGCCAAUAUGGGAUCAGGAAGCAAUUUAAGUCCACUGUCAGACAUGUAUGACGCCAUGGUGGUUGCCUUUCUCUGUAGGGGGAGGCAUGGAUGUCUUUCUUUGAUCUCUCCAGUAUCUUUUAAGAGGACUUUCAGCACCAGAGACACAGACAGCGCUCUUUCCCCUGCUUGACUAGUGACAGGGUAGGGUACUGUUGGUGUCUGUGGGUAACGUGCCUGGUAGUUGCACUCUAGGGAUGAUUGUGUAGUUUUAGGAAUAGGUGGGACAGAAACGUGCAUGGGAAGGGGGUUUGGACUAGGUGUGACCUCUGGAGAUGGCUUCAAGUCUAUAGUCUCUCCUUCUAGGAUAUGGUCCCCAGCAGUUGCAUGACUGGAUCCUCUUUUCUUUCGCCACAGCCCAGCUCCUGUGUGUGUUUCGGUUCGAGGGAAACAAGCCCACUCCCAGAAUGGCCCUCACCUCCACUCUUCAUUGAUUCCUGCUCGUUUGUGAGCAAACUCUCUUCUCUCCAAUUGAAAAGGGAAAUCCUUGCACUUGGAGGCUUCCUUACCUAGCAAAGGCAAAGAAAGAAAAGGUAGAACAAUCACUUCCCUGUGGUUACAUCUUUUCCUCUCUUUUCCAAUGCAGGCUAUUUAUUUCAGUUCUGGCUGGUGCUUAUUGAUCUGCUUUGGACCAUGAGAUUGAAGAGCACCCAAGACCUUUGGCUUCUUUUUCUUUGGACUGAACUGGAACAGAGAGAAGGGUCACCAUUAUCUUUUCUAGGGUAUCAGAGGACCCUUAUUCUCAUCAAGCAUUGGCAAACAUGAAAUCUGCUAUUGGAUCACCAUACAGGAAACCUGGGUUCAAUUCCCAGCCAGUGCAGAUGCUCCAUGUGGUCAUUUUCCCUACCUUAGUUAUCCAUCCCUUGUACAAAUGUGCAACAGUUAGUAUAUAGGCUCACCGCCCUUCAAUGCAAAUGUGACAGUUGGGCGGAACCAGAAGUCCUGCCUCCUUAGCCAUGCCCUCUGACCCCAGUCAUGUGGUGUGUGAUGUCAUCAACCCCUCCCCCACCCCAGUCACAUGGUACAUGACAUCAUCUACUUGGCUCCGCCACCAGUCACAUGGCUUGUGACAUCAGCAUUUCUGCCCCCAUCCCCAGUCACAUGGUGUGUGAUUCUGCCACCACCACAUGGUCCAUGACAUCAAAGGGACAGCCCAGGCAGACCCCAAAAUCCCACCCCCUCAUGCUGCAAGACCUGCCCUAGACCACGUGGUACAGUUAUGACCUGUCAGGUCCCAGACUGCUCUAGCCCCUGAAGCACAAGUGUGGCCUGUGGGGUGGUGUGACCCCUCUAACAAUCUGCCCCAUCACCCCCGCCCAAUUGGCAGGGGUUUCAGAGGCCUUGGACCUUCCAAGAAUGAUGCUGAACCAAUUGGAGCAAGUAGAGGGGGUGGGAUUUAGGCUGGAAGGCCAUCAGGUCUAGCUGCUUUCCCAAAUGACCCCUCUGUUUAUCUGAGACUGUGCUAAGGCAAGCAGGGGCAGAUACAGGUUUUUUCACAAUGCCUGUAGAUCCACUCACCACAACCCCAAGACAGCCUCAUAGAAAGCCUUACCAUAGAAAUAGUUUUGAAAAGGAGGCCAGGCUUCUAGCCCAAAGACUCUGAGACACCUAACCCUGUUCAGGAAGACCCAAUGAACAAGCAAAUGGAGGAGGCCCAGGCCCCCCCCAAGCAGACAUUGAGAAUUUGGAAGAUGGUAUUUUUGUGCCAGAGCCUGCAUGCGAAAUAGAGGUCAUUGCAGAGGAGAGACGGGUAAGAGACUUGGAGCAUGGCUGUGAGAGCACUUAGAUUUUGAGGGUAGUGGUGUGGGUUCACUUCAUGGUACAUGUGUGUUUGGAAGUAGCUAAGGACUGAUUAAACAGCAGCUAACUGAGUCCUUUACUUGAACUCCUUUGCAGUUAGAUGAAGCCUUUUUAAUGACUCCAGAAAGCCUACUCACCAGUACACCAGAAGGAAGCAUUUGCUUUUCCAGAGAACAGAGACCAGAUGAGGCUGAAGAGUUCAGAAGACAAUUAGGCAUUGAAUCAUCAGGUCCUGUUUCAAGUCAAGAACGUAAAAUCUUCAUGAAGUCUCUUGUGUGCAUUUCCUUUUAUGUCAUAAUGAAAUACUGCUUCAGGAAGAGACUUUUUGACUGAUGCUGGGGUUGCACAUAUGAUCAAGGAGGUCAAGAUUCAUAAUCUAUGACUAAGAAGCACAUGAUUGUAUUACUUGGUUAGAUGAAGACAUAAACAAUUCAGGAACAUUGCCAGGAAAUAUGUCAUGAUAGCAUUUUCAAUUCUGUUAUAGCCACUGGGUUUGCUAGGAACAGUCUCAGAAUCACUGAGAAACAUUUAAUUCAGGUUAGAGAGCUUCUAAAUGCUGUGUAUUCUGCAGAAGAUCCUAAUGCUGCCCUUCAUGAUUUGACCACUGAGGAAAAUAAAACUCUCAUACCCCAUAUUGAAUGCUUAAUUGGUAUUAGAAAUUAUUAAACCCUGCUUAAGAGAAGGGUUUAGCAAAAAUAGUUUAAAAUGGGAGGGUUUAUAUCUUUUGCUGAUCUUGGUGGGAGGCUGUGGGGUCGUAAAGCACAUCAACAGUUUUCUACAUCUAAUGUAGAUUAGCAUUUGCUUUAGUGUCUUGGAUCUGUAAUCACAUACAUAUAGGGUUUUUUUGUAAAGAUAAAAAACAGUGAGACUUAAUGGUCACCAGAAGUGAUAAAAAAAAACAACCCACCUUUCUUAGGAGAAGGGGUAACAAAAUAAACUAGUAAAUAUUGUAAAAGUUUUUGAUGGAAAUAAAGACUGAGUUUAAAAAUA